AUGGGAAGGGAACCUCAGACCACGAGCCCCGUCGCCACAGUGUACCAACCGUACCUCUCUGAAAACACCGUGAAGCUCUGCGCCGCCACGAUCGCUCUGUCCGUCCCCGGCGCCCGCUCUUUCUGCAAGGCUGUGGCGGGCGCUUCCUCUGACUCCGAACGAUGUGAACUACGUGGCAAAUACGGCCGCAGCAAUGAGUCAACGUCAUCCAGCAGCAGUGAGUCAACGUCAUCCAGCAGCAGUGAUGGGACGUCUUCCAGCAGCAGUGAGUCAACGUCAUCCAGUAGCAGUGAGUCAACGUCAUCCAGCAGCAGUGAUGGGACGUCUUCCAGCAGCAGUGAGUCAACCUCAUCCAGCAGCAGUGAGUCAUCGUCAUCCAGCAGCAGUGAUUGGACGUCUUCCAGCAGCAGUGAUUGGACGUCUUCCAGCAGCAGUGAUUGGACGUCUUCCAGCAACAGUGAUUGGACGUCUUCCAGCAGCAGUGAAUGGACGUCUUCCAGCAGCAGUGAUUGGACAUCAUUCAGCAGCAGAGCACUGACUUUGGAGGUCUCUAGCCUUGGCUGUACCCUGUUGGGGAAAUGCAGUAUCUUCCUCCUGGGCAGUAACCUGCUGCUGAGUAUAAUCCUGCUUGGCAAGAUUGUGGUCCUGGUGCUAUAG